AUGGAGUCUUCGCACUCGGGCACAAGGAUACACAACAUAAUCCAGCCAACCCUGGGAGACCUUCUUGAUCUGCAAGAUAAUGAUGAAACGAACGAGGCUCAGACUGCCAACAUAGAGAGCAAACAAAACCUCACACCCGAGUCCUUGGAGACUUUUCUUAGAAACUGUGGUUUUGACCAUGCAAUGCUAGACAGGAAGCCAGGCCAAGCUCUCAAUAAAAUGGCACUGCCCGAAGGAGCCUGUAAUUUAGGACCAUCAUCACCUUCUAGGCAGACCAAUCUAUCCGAGAGCGAACGCUGGUGCAGUUCUGAUAGUUCACCGUCCAAGCCAGCCUCGACAACCAGCUCUAGAAUCAUCUGCUUCCAAUGCGAAGCGGGCUUCAACACCAUAAUAGGGCUUCAGCAUCACCAGAUGAACGAAAAUCACAACUAUUGCGGCCUUUGCCAUGCUUAUUUUGCAGACGGGACGUUCCUGGAUAAGCACAUAGAUGUGGCACAUAAUUUCAAAUGCCCUACAUGUGCUUCGGUAUCUGCAAGUGUCGAUGAGCUGUGGGCUCACCAGCAAGCAACAAACCACAGCUUUUGCGGUGUAUGUUGUUGCUACUUCCGAGAUGAGAGCAUCCAGCGCAAACACAAUCUUGUAUACCAUAUGAGCAUGCCAUGCCCGACGUGCAAGCAAGUGUUCCAAACCCAAAAGGAAUUAGAACAGCACCAACAAACAGCUCAGCACUGCUAUUGCGACCAGUGUGAGGAGAUCAUGAGUAGCCAGUCAAGCUUCGAAAGGCAUGUGGCUACAUCGCAUAUUUAUAAGUGCAUGGCAAGCCAAUGUCUCUUUUCGGCAGCGAAGCUGGAUUCCCUGAAGGAUCAUCAGAAGCAGGAGAAACAUAACUUCUGCUCGCCAUGCAAUCGUUCUUUUAUGGAUGGUCUAGCCCUUACCAACCAUUCCAAGACGGAAAAGCAUUUGAGAAAAGCACGUAGUGAACAGAGUGGGAAUGAUCAGGUAUCCGGAUGA